CCAUCUCCCAAAUCCCAAGAUCUCAAACAGCGAACCCUUUUUUUGGGUCUGAAAUUCCAGAGAAAAAGAGAUUCGAAGCACUCGAAGGGAAGCAAAGAUGUGCUGCUGUCCAAGCAGAGUUUGCAUGCUGUGCACUUGUUUGAUACUGGUGGUGGUUUUGGUGGGGCUUUUGUUUGGGUUUGGAGUGUUCAAGAAUGGCUUCCACAAGCUCAAAGAUACUGUGAAUUUCUGUGAUCCGAAUGUUCAUGGAUCCUAUUGUGGGUCUACUGGAAGACCCUUCUUGGGUUACACUGCACCUGCACCUUUCUAAGGGGGUUUCUUUAAUUCUCUUGUUUUUCUAUGUAAUUUGUUUAUCUUUUUCUGUUCUUGGUUUUAUUUUGAAUUUUUAGUUUUUAGGUUUGGUUUUUUUAUUGCUGGUAAUCUGGGUUACUGGGUGUCUGCUGCUG